CCCAUCCCCCGAGCGCGCGGCGGGGCGGCUGGCGGGCGGUCACAGAGGAUGCGGAGGGGCGGCGACGAGCACCGGACCCAGCUGGGGCGGCAGGGCGGGCGCCGCCCGAGGGGGUAGGGCGCGCGCGGGGGCGCGCCGGGCUGGAAAGGCGCGCUCCGGCCGCGUUUGCUCCGCGUUCUCCUCGCUCGCUCGCUCCCUCCUCCCGCGGCGGCAGCAGGAGAAGGCGGCGGCGGCCGUGGCUGGGGAUCAGACAUGGCGGCGGAUCUGAACCUGGAGUGUAUCUGUUCGCUGCCCCGGUCCUGGACUUACGGGAUCACCAGGGGCGGCCGAGUCUUUUUCAUCAACGAGGAGGCUAAGAGCACCACCUGGCUGCAUCCUGUCACUGGCGAGGCCGUGGUCACCGGACACCGUCGGCAGAGUACAGAUUUGCCUACUGGCUGGGAAGAAGCAUAUACUUUUGAAGGUGCAAGAUACUAUAUAAACCAUAAUGAAAGGAAAGUGACCUGUAAACACCCAGUCACGGGACAACCAUCACAAGACAAUUGCAUUUUUGUAGUGAAUGAACAGACUGUUCCAACCAUGACAUCUGAAGAAAAGAAGGAACGACCUGUAAGUAUGAUCAACGAAGCUUCCAACUAUAACAUGACCUCAGAUUAUGCGGUACAUCCACUGAGCCCUGUGGGCAGAACCUCACGGGCUUCAAAAAAAGUUCAUAAUUUUGGAAAGAGAUCAAAUUCAAUUAAAAGGAAUCCUAAUGCGCCUGUGGUGAGACGAGGUUGGCUUUACAAACAGGACAGUACUGGCAUGAAGCUGUGGAAGAAACGCUGGUUCGUGCUUUCUGACCUGUGUCUCUUUUAUUAUAGAGAUGAGAAAGAAGAAGGUAUCUUGGGAAGCAUACUAUUACCUAGUUUUCAGAUAGCAAUGCUUACCUCUGAGGAUCACAUUAAUCGCAAAUACGCGUUUAAGGCAGCCCACCCGAACAUGCGGACCUAUUACUUCUGCACUGACACGAUAAAGGAGAUGGAGCUGUGGAUGAAAGCCAUGCUAGAUGCUGCCCUGGUGCAGACAGAACCUGUGAAAAGAAUUACCUUUAAUUUCCGAGUGGACAAGAUUACAUCUGAAAAUGCACCAGCUAAAGAAAUCAAUAACUAUCCCAACCACAGAGUGCUCAUUAAACCAGAGGCCCAAAAUAACCAGAAAAACAAGGAAAUAAGCAGAAAUGAAGAAAAAAAGGCAUUAGAAGCUGAAAAAUAUGGAUUUCAGAAGGAUGGUCAAGAUAGACCUUUAACAAAAAUUAAUAGUGUAAAGUUGAAUUCUCUGCCAUCUGAAUAUGAUGGGUCAACAUGCCCAGCUCAGACUGGACACUACAGGCCAGUCAAUGUGAAUAGUUUAGAGAACAAAACUAUCAAUGUGAGCCUGGCAGAUCUUAAAGGUGGAAGUCAACCAAAUACAGGGCCCUCACAUACAGAGGCUGACCGAGUCAUACAGAGAACCAAUUCGAUGCAGCAGCUGGAACACUGGAUUAAAACCCAGAAGGGGAGGGGUCAUGAAGAAGAAGUCAGGGGAGUAAUCUCUUACCAAACAUUACCGAGAAAUAUGCCAAGCCACAGAGCCCAGAUUGUGGCCCGGUAUCCUGAAGGUUAUAGAACACUCCCAAGAAACAGCAAGACCAGGCCCGAAAGUAUCUGCAGUGUAACCCCUUCCACUCACGACAGAGCGGUAGGAUCUGGAGCAGAAGAGAAGCGAAGAUCAAUGAGAGACGACACGAUGUGGCAGCUGUACGAAUGGCAGCAGCGUCAGUUCUAUAAUAAGCAGGGCACCCUCCCUCGUCACGGCACUCUGACCAGCCCUAAGACCAUGGUUAACAUUUCUGACCAGACAAUGCACUCCAUUCCCACAUCACCUUCCCAUGGCUCGAUUGCUGCGUAUCAGGGGUACUCCCCUCAACGAACCUACAGAUCGGAAGUGUCUUCGCCAAUUCAGAGAGGAGAUGUGACGAUAGACCGCAGGCACAGGGCCCACCACCCUAAGCAUGUCUAUGUGCCUGACAGAAGGUCAAUGCCAGCUGGCCUGACUUUACAGCCUAUUAGUCCCCAGAGCCUCCAAGGCAAAACACCAGAGGAGCUUACGCUGCUGCUAAUAAAGCUGAGACGGCAGCAAGCCGAACUGAGUAGUGUCCGGGAGCAUACGUUAGCACAGCUCAUGCAGCUAAAGCUUGAGGCCCACAGCCCAAAGAAUGAAAUUCUUUUGCAUCAUCUUCAAAGGAACACCAUAUAUUUGGAUCAUCAGAUGAAAGAGAAUGAACCUAUUAUCACCAUGGUUCACACAAUGAUUGAGAACUCGGCGCUAAGACCCCAACUGUACCAGCAAUUCUUAAGACAGAAGAACAAGAUAAGUCUAUAUUGUCUGUCACAAGAUGAAUGCAGAGGCACAUUGUACAAAUACAGACCUGACGAAGUUGAUAUUGAUGCCAAGUUAAGCCGUCUGUGUGAACAAGAUAAAGUGGUACAUGCUCUGGAAGAGAAACUUCAGCAGCUCCACAAGGAGAAAUACACGCUUGAGCAAGCUUUGCUGUCGGCGAGCCAGGAGAUAGAAAUGAAUGCAGAUAACCCAGCGGCCAUUCAGACCGUGGUGUUGCAGAGGGACGACUUACAAAACGGACUGCUCAGCACCUGUCGAGAGCUUUCUCGAGCCACUGCCGAACUGGAACGAGCAUGGAGAGAAUAUGAUAAGUUAGAAUACGAUGUAACUGUCACCAGGAACCAGAUGCAGGAGCAGCUGGAUCGCCUUGGAGAAGUUCAGACUGAAUCAGCAGGAAUUCAGCGUGCACAGAUUCAGAAAGAACUUUGGAGAAUCCAGGAUGUCAUGGAAGGCCUGAGUAAGCACAAACAGCAAAGAGGCACUACAGAAACGGGUAUAGCAGUAUCAAGGCCUUUCUCAACAGUUAAGUACAAAAAUGAGGAAGAGGAAGUAGUCCCACCUCGUCCUCCACUUCCUCGGUCCUAUGACUUUACAGAGCAGCCUCCCAUAAUCCCCCCUCUGCCCAGUGAUAGCAGCUCCUUGCUCUGUUAUAGCAGGGGCCCAGUCCAUCUGCCUGAAGAAAAGAAGAUUCAUCAAGUUCAAGGAUAUACAAGAAAUGGAUCUCACUGUGGUCCAGAUUAUAGACUCUACAAGAGUGAACCAGAGUUAACAACGGUAGCAGAAGUUGAUGAAUCUAAUGGAGAAGAAAAAUCAGAGCCCGUUUCAGAAAUGGAAACUUCAGUUAAAGGUGCCCACUUUCCUGUUGGAGUGGUCCCUCCAAGAACAAAAUCACCAACACCUGAAUCUUCCACAAUAGCCUCAUAUGUAACCUUAAGGAAAACUAAGAAGAUGAUGGAUUCAAGAACGGAAAGACCAAGAAGUGCAGUGGAACAGCUCUGUUUGGCUGAAAGUACUCGACCUCGGAUGACUGUGGAAGAACAAAUGGAGAGAAUAAGGAGACAUCAACAAGCAUGCUUAAGGGAAAAGAAAAAAGUAUUAAAUGUUAUUGGUGCUUUAGACCAGUCACCCUUACCAAGUCCUUCAAAUUUAAGGGACAAUCCAUUCAGGGUUACCCAGACUCGAAAGAAAGAUGAUAACAUAAAGGAAGUGGACACUGUCGCUAGAGAAGAUGAUAUAAAGACAAACCAUGAAGAUUCUGCCACAGAAAUUGUUCGACUAGAAGAAACUGAACCUCAAAAUACAGAUUUCAGCAAAGAGUUUAAAAAAACUGAAAAUGUUUUUUAUGAAACACCUUCCAAACUUGAGCCAAAUGGAGUAAAUUCUGAAGAAGUGAUGGAUAAAGAAAGAAAUAAAGAAGAAAUGCCUGAGGGUAUUUCAUACAGCCCUGAGGAUGAGACACAGAUCACAAAUCAUAAAUCAGAAGGCCACACUGAAGAAAAUACAAAGGACAGUAUCCAUGAGCAGGAAGAAAGUGUCACUUCUUAUGAACCGGCUCCCGAGGCUUCUAAAGGAAACCAAACAAUGGCAGGGAAAAGUCUGUCCUCCUCUCCUGAGUCGUCAGCCUCACCGGUCCCGUCUGCUCAGCCACAGCUCACAGAAGGAUCGCAUUUCAUGUGUGUGUAGUCUCGAAAAAACUACCCUGACUUCUGUUGAACCCAUUCAAACCUAAGGACUUGGACCUUCGGCAAUGUGAGAAGAUAUUGUACAGUAUAUUUUAAAUCUAUGAAAUUCAUAGUUCUGAUGCUUUUGGCCACAGAGCAUCAUUUUAUCACUUAUGGAAAAUGUUUAUUCCAAAACAGCUUUAAUGGCCCAUACGUACACUCCCUGAUCUCUGGGUUGUUAUCCUGACACCAGCUUGCUGCUAUGAUUUCAGAGCACAGAGGUCAAGGUGCUUUUCACCGUGCAGCCCACCGCCCGUACUCCCUGAGUCGCUCAUUUCCACAUUUUGAUGUUUCUAAAGUCUGGGUGGAGUUACAUUUCUUUUUUCUUUUCAGUACAUCAUUUUAGUUAUUCCCAAGAAGCUUAUUUUCUUUUGUCAUUUUUUCCUUCCCAUUUUGGCUACUGCAGUGCUUUGUUUCACACUUGAUUUGUAAAAAUUUUAUAUAUAUAUAUUUAAAAUGUGCCAUUUUAUUAUUGCUAAGUGAAGGACGUCCUGCUUUCCGCUAUAAUUAUUUCUCGGUCAGAUUGCAGUGUCAGCAGUUACCGCCACACUCUUGUCAGCUUAAACACAAAUGUGCUCGCUUAUUGUUUCUUGAAAAACAAUUUAAAAUGUGGGUGUUUCGAAGUACUGGGCUUAUACUUCAUUGGAAUAGAUGUGUACAGCAAUAAGCAGGUUUUCAAAUCCAGUACUUAGUUUGUGUACAAAUGUAAUUAUGUUCAUUGUGUAUAUAUUAUACAAUGAGCACAUGUAAUGUAAGUAUUAAAGGCUACUUACUAUUGUUUAAA